AAACGAAGGCGUCGCCUCUCCCCCCUCCACUUCCCCAUUUCAUCGCUUCCUCCCACACACACAACGCGAUAGCGUGCGAGAUUUUUUUUUCCCGAUUUUUUUUAGAAAUUUUUUGAGGCCGCCUCGAGUACUGGCGGCGAUGGAGACGGCGGCGGCGGCGGCGAUGCUGGAGGCGGGAAUUGGGCGGUUCUCCCGGGCACCGGCCCUGGCGGCGGCGCUGCUGGCGGAGAUGUGGGCGCCGCUCGCCGUCGCGCUGGCGGCGCUGGCCACGCUGCCCAGCCUGCUGCGCCGGCUGCAGGUCAUCGUGCUCCGCCUCCGCUCGCGCGGCAAGGAGGCCAUCCAGUCGCACAUCUCCACCUACUACUCCUCGGGCGACGACGAGUCCGACUCCGGCGGCGAGGAGGACGAGGAAGAGGAUGACGACGUGGACGACUCCGAUGAAGCGGCCACCAGCUCCUCCGGCGAGGAGGAGGAGAUAAAGAGAGUCGGGUUCUACGAGGGGGCGGACGGUGGCUUCCCCUGGGGCGGCGCCGUCGUCCGGACCUGGCAGGGCCUGCCACGGCGCUUCUCCGGAUGCUCCAGCGGCUCUGGCGCCGGAACCACCGGUGGUGGAGCUAGAUUCGGCCCCUUUGGUGGCGUCCCUGCGGUAAGGCUGUGGGGAGCCAGCACGGCGAGCGGCGAGCCGUGGUGGGGCGCCGAUGAAAGCGGCCGUGGCAGUGUGGCGGCGGAGGUGGAGGUUGUCGUCGGGUGGCGGCGCGACCACGCGGCGCAGCGCCGGCGGCGGCGUGCUCCCCCCGUGGUGCCCUCCCCCACCACGUGAAACGGGACGGCACGGCACCGGCAGGGUGGGCGUGUGAGAUGUGAAUAUGCUUUCUUGCAACCCGCCUGGAGAUGCCGAUCCCAGGCUGGGGCCCACCUGCCAGUGGGAGGGACCAAUAAUGCGAGGGUGAUUAUUAUUGUUGUGGGGGUUGUUUGGCGCCGGAAUUGUUGGUGAGAUUUACUUUCCAAUCGGAAAAAAAAAUCAGGGGUAGAACACGCAUGCAUGCUGCGAGUGCUUAAGCAUCUUGUAUUAGUAAUAGGGAUGCAUGCCGCAUGUAAUUUGUACCGCCAUACUUUGAUUCAUGUGGUGAUCAACAACAGUGAUAAGACGGUGAAAUCUCAUC